AUGGAAAUCUACGUUCCCGUCUGGUACGUCGAUCAAAACGAAUUGGAAAAAUACGAUGGAGUUUCCGUGGGAAAAUACACCAUAGGCCUGGGUCAAAAUAAAAUGACUUUUUGCAACGAUCGAGAAGAUGUUCAUUCUCUUUGUUUGACGGUAACGAAAAAUCUAUUAGAAAAAAAUAACAUAAAACCCGAAGAAAUAGGACGGUUAGAAGUCGGAACGGAAACGAUAAUUGACAAAAGCAAAUCCGUUAAAACCGUUUUGAUGCAACUAUUUCCGGAUAACACGGACAUGGAAGGGAUAGACACGACGAACGCUUGCUACGGUGGAACAGCCGCACUUUUCAAUUCGAUUAAUUGGAUCGAAAGUUCGGCUUGGGAUAAGAGGUACGCAUUGGUCGUGUGUGCCGACAUUGCAGUUUAUGCGAAAGGUGCAGCUCGACCUACGGGAGGAGCAGGUGCCGUAGCCAUGCUCGUCGGACCUCGGGCUCCCCUCGUUGUCGAACGCGGAGUACGUUCGACUUACAUGACUCACGCAUACGACUUUUACAAGCCCAACAUGUCGUCGGAAUACCCGGUCGUCGACGGACCUCUCUCGAUAAAAUGUUAUUUUUCAGCAUUAGACAAAUGUUAUAACAGGUACAAAGAGAAAUCGUCAAAGUCGAACGAGUUGAAAACGAUUAAUCGCGUACAAGAUUUCGAUGGUAUACUCUUUCACUGUCCGUAUUCGAAACUCGUACAGAAAUCCGUAGCAAGACUUCACUAUAACGAUUACCUCUACGGAACGGAAGAAGAAAAAGGGAAAUUAGGACACGUUCCUGCGGUCCCGUUGGAGGAAAGCUACAAUAAUAAAGACAUAGAGAAAAUAUUUGUAGCUCACAGCGAGGAAUUUUUUAAAACUAAAACGGAGCCAUCUUUGUGGUUGGCCAAAGAAGUCGGUAACAUGUACACGCCAUCCUUGUACGGAGGUUUGGUCUCUUAUUUACUCAGUAAAAAUCCAAAAGAUUUAUUCGGUACUCGUUUGGGAUUAUUUUCAUACGGAUCCGGAUUGGCAUCUAGUUUUUUUUCAAUUAGAAUCACGUCCGAAAAUCAAUACGGGUCGAAAUUUGAAUGUCUCAUAAGAGCUCUCGGGGAUAUAAAAACGAGAUUGGAUAAAAGGUGUAAAAUACGACCGGAAGAUUUUGAAAAAACUUUAAUUACUAGAGAAAAAUCAAAUCAUUCAGUGCCUUACGUUCCCAUCAUGUCCUACGAAAAUUUUUUCCCCGGAACUUAUUAUCUCGUUAGCAUAGAUGAUAAACACCGUAGAAAAUACGAAAGGAUUCCAUGA